AUGUUGUCCAUGUCGCCCCAGACGCCAAAUGGUGCGCAAGGGAACCCGCCAAUAUCCUAUGUCGCCAGCCCGACGAGCGCGCGCUCCCAGACCUUCAAGCGACCGGCCUCCAGCGACGAGGAGGAUAAUGGCGACGCAGCGAAUGCGCGCCCCGGCAGCAGACGCAGCACCGUGGUGAAACGUGCUUGCAAUGAAUGUCGUCAACAAAAGCUCAGAUGCAACGUCCAACAAGACCCCUUCGUGAGCUGCGCGCGAUGCCAAAAACAAGGCCUGAAAUGCGUCAUCGAGCCCAACUUCAAGCGCAUAGGGAAGCGCACGCGCAAUGCCGAAAUGGAGCGCGAAAUGGAGCAGCUGCGCAACCGCCUGGCCAUGUAUGAGGGCAGGGCGAACCACAUGCCCAUGGUCAACACGCCGCAGCAUCAGCAGCAGCAGAUGACGGAUAACACGUCCUUCGCGCCUGGCACUGUCAAGGUCGACGAGGACGACGCGUUCCUACAGACGCAGCACCAGCAGGUCGCUGCGACCUCGCUGCUGGACUUGCGGAGCGGAUCGCCCAUGAUGCAUUCGCUCGACAGCCUGCGCCUGCCGCCAGCUCAGGUCACGGAGCUGUUCACCGAGUAUUUUGACAAAUACCACCGGUUCCUGCCGUUCCUCGAUCCGUUGCGCCAGCCCGAGGAAGUCCUCGCGAAAGACAACAAGCUUCUCUUCUGGGCCAUCAUCAGUGUCGGGGCGCGCCACUACAAGCGCGACCCAGGGCUACUGAGUCGCCUGAAAGACCCGUUGACGGAUUUGAUAUGGAAGACAAUCAAGGGUCAGACGAACCAUCACGUAGUGAAGGCGCUGUGUCUGCUAUGUUAUUGGCCGCUGCCCCAGCACAGGACGGUUAUGGAUCCUACCUUCGUGCUCUGCGGGGUUAUGAUGCAGGUUGCUAUCCAAAUCGGUCUGCACCAACCAACUCAUCCGCAAGACUUUUCGAGGACCAAGGUGCGACUGCAGAAGGAGGACAUCCAAGACAGGCUGCGGACAUGGGCCGUCUGCAACAUCGUUGCCCAAACUGUUUCUACCGGCCAUGGUCAGCCAUCGGUUACUCUAUAUGAUAGUACACUAGACUUCAAGAUGGACGAUGAGGAACAUGCUGGAACGCUACCUCCCGAUAUAUUCGUCCGACUGCGUCAGGAGAUGGCCGCGAGCCGCAUCAACAAGCUCUUGUAUUCCAUGAACAACAAUAGAUUCUCCGAAGGUGCUGCAACCACAUAUAUGGGUUUGGAAGCAGAUCGUCUCCGAGAAGAACGUGGAGCUUUCGAUGGCGUAAACAAAGAACUCGAGGAACUACAUCAUUGCGCGGUCAGCUUGCACCUGCAUUUGUACUCCUUCUUCAACAGAGAGGCCCGCCUCGAACGCCGCGAUGAUCUCGUACAAUUGUACUGGUCUGCGACUGCAUAUCUCGACCGCGUCAUCAAAUUGCAACGCGAUGGGCAGCUAAUCCACACGCCAUAUCAUAUUAUGCAGUUGGCACUUGCAGCUGGCUUCGCCUUGCUCAAGCUUCUUAAUUCGGAUUUCGCAGGAAGGUUGCCGUCCGAGGGUAGACAAUACGUUUUGCAGACUGUAGAGGCCUUGCGGAAAUCCAAGGUGGAGACCAACGAUUUGCUCGAUCGCUUUGCGGAGGUCCUGGCUCAACUUUGGAAAGAAAGUUCUCGGGGCCGCAGUUUGCAUAGCAUGUCUCAGUCGCCUGUCGUCAGUAAUCCAGGUGUUGCGAACAUGUUUAACAGCAAUAUUCAGGCCCCUUCGCAGCAACAACAAAAACAACAACAACCGGGCCACCGCAGAGACAGUUCUGGUCUACUCGAAGAUCCCCUUGGCCUCAUCAUCCGCAGCAGGAUGAGCAUGAGCGUGGUCUUUGAUUGCGUAUGGCGUUGGCGCGAAUCGCAAGUAAAUGGUGCUGCAGAGCAACUUGACACGACAGUGCGAGAAAACCCGACGAAUCCAGACAGUUCAUCCAACUCCACACCUCCGCCGGGCAUGAUUGUGGAGAAUCCAGCGCACAGUCUUCCGAGCUUCAAUCCACAUCUUAACACGCUCAGCAUGCCAGCGCCAUUACCGAAUGGCCUGGCCAGCGCUAACAGCUAUGAGUUCUUCGAUUCCGUCAGCUGGAUGCUCGAGGCACAGGAUUGGAACAAUCAAUACGGGGGUGUCUUUUCGAACGACUUUGGGUCUUAG